GCUAUGCUGCAGCAGACCAAAAGUAGCGGUCUCACGUCACCAAAAGCACACAAAUAACUUGGUCGAAAUGUGGAUCCCUGAAUACCGGUAUGGGCAAAGCCAGGUCGCUUCGCACAUCCCUCUUUCUCAAGACAAACGAUACAUUUCCCACCACCGACCGCCUUUCAGUCCCAAACUGUUUUUUUUCAUUUCGCUAUUAGCUUACACAGAGGCACGUUACUUUUCCUACAAAAAAUCGAGUAGGAUGGGCUUGCGGCUCAUGUGCGUGGCCGGCGGAGCGCUGGCGCUGCUGCUGCUACUGCUGACGGCCGCUAUCCUACGUCUCGCGGUGAUGCUGGUGCAGAUCGUGACGCUGCGCUACACACUGACGAUUGGUGCCGUGGUGCUUGCUUGCUGGUUCGUGGACUCGCGACGACGACGCUACGCUAGAGGUUUUUACUCGUGCUCGCGUGUGCCCCAGACGCAGCGCACGGAGGAGAAGACGCAGAUAGAGGAGGAAAAUGAAGCCGAACAACAGCCAAAACAGGAAGAGCAGACGCCCGUGACCGCAGCGGUGGCGCCAGUGGCGCGUGAGACGCUCGAGUCGUUCCCGGUUCAGCUCAAGAAGGUGGCGACGGCACCACCAUCUGAGACUGAAUCUGAAGAUGACGACAGUGAAGUCGGAGGAGCUUCCAACGUUAAUAAGACGCGAUCAAACUCCCCUUCCAGACACAGCCAGAGCCUCCUGGACGUGCGCACUCGCAGCAAUACCACAGACGGAGAAAUCCAGCGAAGACUCGCCACACGCCCUCGCUCCUCGUCGUCGGCUAGUGACAGCAGAUGCAGUAGAACCACCUGUAGAGGAACAGGACCGCGCAGUUUAAAUGCAGAUGUAAAGGAGAGGAAACGCAGAGUUCCUAGACGGCGUGCGGACACGGGUAUGACGAGCAGUACCAAGCACAACGAGCGCUCGCGACGCGCUACGUUCGCAUCCAAGCAGGACGCGUACGUCGCCUCGAGCAGAUCCAGCUCCGACAGGCUGGAGGAUGCGCUGCGCUCAGACGGAUAUUGGAUUGGAGAUUUCCGCGUGCAGCGCCGGCUGGUGUCACGCCGCAGCCACGCCAACAGCCCCAAGGCCAACUGAGGUUGAUGAAGAGGACGUUAAGUUAUUUGUGCAUUUUAAUCUACAGGAUUGUCUUGCUAUUCUACUACUAAACUUAGUAAUAAACACCCUAUCAACGUCAAUCCCUAA